UAAAAGGCAGUACAUCGUCAACAAUUAGAGCUUCCAGACCACCAUUUGAGGUUGUCUUCGAAAUAUUUAUUUUCUAGAAAGUAUUUACGUGAAAUGAAAUAUUAUUUUGUUACUAUUUCUGUUGCUUUUUUGGUAAUUGGUGUUCGAUCACAUCAACAUCAUAAUCAUGUUUCUAGGAGAUCUAGGAUGCCAAAAGAUUGUGUGAGACAGUCUUUCGAUGACUCAGUUGUAUCACAAAGUAGACUGGUCCUGCUAGCGGAGAAAGUUAAUCAACGCCUAGCAUAUAUGAAAGAUGUAGCCGGUUACAAGGCGCAAAACCAUCUGCAGAUAGAGGAUGUUGUACAAGAAAGUAAAGUGAUAAAUAGCUCGUUAACUGAAGCCAAAGACCUGGGGUUGGAUCCAGAAUCUGUCAUAUCAUUUAUUGUCGCACAAAUUAAUGCAGCCAAAGCAAUUCAGUAUCGCUACCGUGCCGAUUGGCUGUCAUAUACAGAGGAAGACUGGCAACCACAACCGUUAGAUAUGGUGCGCGAGAAAAUUGGUCAACUCAGUAGUGAGAUUUUACGAGAGUUGGCUGCACAGGCUAAUGAUAGACCAGUGGAAGCUCAUGAACGGAACGCUUUCGUUUUGCGGCUAGAACAGGAUAAUUUGAAGUGUGCUGAUAAAAUGCGAUUGUUCGAUGCCAUACUAGUAGUGCGUUCAUCUGUUUCAAUUAAACGAUAACUGUAUGGCACUAACCAUCGACCCCAACAAUAUAUAGGGCGUUCCAUUUCGGAUAUAGUUCACUUUUAUGCCGUGGGACACAUCAUACAAAAAAUGAGUUAUGUGUUCACUUUCGGUAUUUUUUAUAUGAAGAUGCCGUGGGACAAACUUGAACCAUCUCCGAAAUGGAAGACUCUAUUUGAAUUAUACCCUUGAACGUCAUUUUAAGUUGCGAUUUUAAACAAUUUCAAUAGAUUCUUAAGCCACCAUUAAGCAAAAAACUAGAGCUACGCUGGUCGGUUAUGUUGAAUAGUACUUUUAAUUAGGA